AUGUGUAAACAUUCGCUCCCACGUGUACACAUUACACUGUCUUUCCCUUUCGAGCUGCACCACAUCAAAGCACUAUACCUGAACCAUCAAUACAAAGAGUGCGCACGCAGAUGCGAGAACUUGCUUACUCACAAUCAGGAAGAACCUGCGCAUGCUAUCUUCCUCAACCUCUAUGCCGCACUGUCUCAUGAAGGACUUGCCAGAACAAUGCACGUUUACUCGGUGUGGAGGCUACCAAAGAUAGCUGCAGCCGAGUCCGCCUACACCAGAGCAAUGGACGUAUGCUCAGAAGAAGAGCACCGCCUUGUGGAGAGCGCGACCUUUUCCAUGCCAGGUCUCGCCAUCGAUCAGCCCAUGGUUCAGCUUGCUGCGUCGAAACAAAUUCGUGUGCGCAAGAGAAACAGCAAACCAUCCCUUGUUCAUCUCGGUCCUGGACUUGAGCGAUCACACAGUAACUCCAGCAAGCGCGCCGAGCGCAUCAACUUCAGCUGGCCGCGCACCUUCACGCCCCUCUCCUGCGCAACAGUCAAGGCCAUCCAAUACAAUGUCUGUAAAGACAUGGACACUCCGCUGGAUGACCCAUUCACAAUCUCCCCUUCCGAACCAUCAAGUACCGCAACAUCAGCCCAGGGCACUCCCAUCAAGACCAGCAAUCUUAAGGCAAAGAACAGCACAGAUUCGUUCGACUCACCUCAUCCUCCAUCCCCAACACCUUCCUGCAAAUCCGUCCAACCUACUGCUGCAUCACGCGCUCAUGCAGCUUACUCGACUCACCUUACCGCCAUCCACGCUCAACUAACCACUCAUCUCCAUCAUCUGCUCGAGUUGAAGCAUUCCACUAUCACUGAACAAGAAGAGCGUGCUCGCCGUCAAAGCGGAUCCACCAGCAACAUGCAAAGCACCACAAAGUUGCCUCAGUCACGUAGCUUCUGGAGCUUCAAGGAUGAAGAGGCAGAGAUGAAAGAGAAGUUGAGCAAAAUCGAGGAAGGUAGAGCUAGAGGCUGGAAGAUUGCUAGGUUUGAGCCAAAGAGAUAUGUUGAGUUGGCUGAAGAUGCACUUGCUGAGUUGGGAAGAGUGUAA